AUGGAGAAUGGUAUACAAGGUAGUACCAGAGACCAUACUUCAGUUCGUAUAGUAGACGAAGGAAUUGGGCUCGAGGCGUUGGAAAAAACAAUGAGUAAAAAGCUUUGCCCUCGUUCACCCUCCUGGGCUGCCAAAUGCUGCAUCUUCAGAGUUCCCCCGGUGCUCAAGAGACAUAAACCAGACGCAUAUGAACCUGAUUUCAUUUCAAUCGGUCCGUUUCACAGGGGAGGUAAACAAUUUCAACACAUGGAAAAUGUGAAACAAUGGUAUUUAAAUAAUCUUUUGUCACGCAGGAAUCUGAGUUUGAAACACUUAAUCGAUCACAUUGUUGAGCUAGAGCAAUCCGCCCGUGAAUUCUAUGCUGAACCACUUGAUCAUCUAAGCCAGAACGACAUGGUAGAAAUGAUGAUACUUGAUGGUUGCUUUCUGAUUGAACUGUUUCGGAAGUACCAAUCUCAUCAGGAAGAUGUUGAUGACCCCAUCUUCAGAAUGGAUUGCAUGUUCCAAUAUCUAUGCCAUGACCUCUUGCUGCUAGAAAAUCAGCUACCUUGGUUUGUUCUCCAGCAUUUAUAUCACCUUACCCUCGACCCCUAUAAAUCCAGUCCCUCCCUCACCGUACUCAUGCUCACAGCCUUCACAUCACAAAAACCAUUGAAGCAUAACUGCGACUCCUAUCUAGGGAAUCUGAGUUUGAAACACUUAAUCGAUCACAUUGUUGAGCUAGAGCAAUCCGCCCGUGAAUUCUAUGCUGAACCACUUGAUCAUCUAAGCCAGAACGACAUGGUAGAAAUGAUGAUACUUGAUGGUUGCUUUCUGAUUGAACUGUUUCGGAAGUACCAAUCUCAUCAGGAAGAUGUUGAUGACCCCAUCUUCAGAAUGGAUUGCAUGUUCCAAUAUCUAUGCCAUGACCUCUUGCUGCUAGAAAAUCAGCUACCUUGGUUUGUUCUCCAGCAUUUAUAUCACCUUACCCUCGACCCCUAUAAAUCCAGUCCCUCCCUCACCGUACUCAUGCUCACAGCCUUCACAUCACAAAAACCAUUGAAGCAUAACUGCGACUCCUAUCUAGGGUAUGUUUAUGAGGAGAAGCAUGAUAAAAAUUGCAAAACUCUGCACAUACUUGAUUUGAUAAGAACUUCGAUAGUUUUCCCAUUCCAAGACCACAGAAAAGAAAAAGAAAAGGAAGCGAAGGAGAAAAAGAAAAAUUUUCCUCCUGCAACUGCUCUAUCGGAGGCAGGCGUUAAAUUCCGAAGCAAUACAAAAGCUGGCAGCAUAAUGAAUAUCGAAUUUGAAAAAGGGGUCUUCUGUUAUUUUGGAUACAAAAGGGGUACUUUUGAAAUCCCACACCUAUCAAUUGGGGAGUUGACCGACCCAUUAUUUAGGAACCUCAUUGCCUUUGAGCAAUGCUAUCAUCACCAUUCGCAUGAGAUAACAUCUUAUGCAUUUUUGAUGGAUAAACUCAUCGCUUCCAGCAAGGACAUGGAGUUUCUGUGUGAUAAACGGAUAAUAGAUAAUUGGUUGAGCGCUGAAGAUGGUGCCAAGUACUUCAGCAAGCUCUGCAAUGACACCGUGCUAAAAAAGUUCUACUAUGAGGCACUCUGCGAAGAAGUGAAUAUGCAUUACAAGGUUAAAUGGUACAGGUGGCUUGAAAAGUUGAAUCGUGACUAUUUUGCAAACCCAUGGAGUGUCAUUUCUCUCAUUGCAGCUGCUAUACUUCUGGCUCUCACUGUCGUGCAGACUGUGUAUACCAUUCGCGGUUAG